AUGGCCAUCCAGCAAGUCCCCCAGUGGCCACUGCCAGCCAUACGGCCGGGCGCAGCGUCACGCCAUAUCGGCCGGGAACGGGAAGGGGAAGGGGACCUACGGCUGGGACUUGUUUCUUUUCCCCUUCAUAAACAUCAGAGUCACCUCCAUGACCAGAACGUGACGCCCUGGUUCCUCCGGAUUGGGGAUGACACGGAGCACCACGUCCCGGUACCGCAGAGCGUUGUUGGAGCCCCGAACGCAGCCGCUCUCGAUGAGCGCUCCUGGACGAGAAGACGUGUAGGCGGCCAUCAGCAUCAGCAGCGGCAGCUGCACUGUAUACCGCUCGUGUGGGACCGCCGACGUGUCCAAGCACCAGUGCUAGUGGAGGACGGACAGCAGAUCCUCAACGCUGAGGGUGGGCUUGCAUUCGACCGAGAGAUCUAG